UGAUAAGGGCACUUUACUUAUCACUAAGAUGUAAAAUGUUGGUCAAUUCACAUGUUUGUUUUCUAUUUAUUCUAGUUGUUGGCAACAAAUAUUUUUUAUAGCAAUACAUCUCUUUUCAACAGAUGGUGCUAUGGGCAAAAAUUCCCCUGAAGAUAUUGACACCCCAGUUUCUUCACCGGGUUCUGCAAAAGAAGCAAAAUAUGAUGUUAAAACUGAAGAAAGAACACACUGUAAAAGAAUAAACAAACUCCAGAAACUCCAGGAGUCAUUAGUGAGAAGUGAGGUAGAGGAAUUGGCCUCAUACGAAGAUGAAAAUGUAAUUGCUUCAAACUUAUAUACAUCCAGAGAACAAACAGAAGCAAAAUCUGUUCCUAUCAAAGAAAAAUCAUCUUCAUUAGAUGAAUGGGACAUGGCAGGUACUGACGUUUACACCUGUACAGAACAGAGAGAAUAUCCAAGUACUCAGGUUCAAGGGGAAUCAGCCCCAUGUGAAGAAAAUCCUCUUACAUCUGCAAUUAAUACAACAACAGAUCAGAAGCCACCAGAAUGUACCUUCACUCAUUCUAAAGAGAAAUUAACCUUUUAUGAUUUUGUAAACGUUACAGAUACUCACAAGUACCCAACUACAGAACAUACACAGUCAAAAUAUACAUCGACUCACAUUCUUAAUGAGUCCUCCUCUGGUGAAGAGGGAAAUCUUACAAACAAUGAAAUAUACCCAGAAGCACAGCAAUCAAAGAGCGAAUAUCCUGGUAUUCACAUUAAUAAUAAAUCUGUGUCAUACCAGGGAAAGAAUCUCAAAGACGUUUAUACAACCAAAAACGAUAAAACACAAACAGACUAUACAUUUAGUUCUAUUAAAGAGGAUAUUUGUACACCUACAGAACAUAAAGAGACUGAAUGUAGAACUAUUUCUCUUAAAGAAGACUCUGCAGCAUGUGAAGAAGGAACCAACACAAUCACUAAUAUUUAUACACCUACAGAACAAAUACUCACACAGUAUACAUCUGCUCUUAUUAAGGAGGAAUCUGAUUCAUGGGAAGGAGGCAGGUUUGUAGACAAUGGUUUUUAUGGACUCACCGAGCAUAAACAAUUAGAAUGUACAUCAAGUUCUAUUAAGGAGGAACUGGCCUCAUGGGAAGAAGGACAUCUCACAGAAGAUGACAUUUACACACACACAGAAUGCAUGGCAAGGAACAGCAGUGCACAUAUCUCUAACCAUAGCUUUCCAGCAAUAAAGUGUGAGGAUAUUUUUGAUGAUCAACAUGUUUUGAGAUCUCACCAAGGACCAUACGCUGCAGAAAAGAUAUACAACUGCUCUCAGUGUCCGAAAUGGUUUACUAGUUAUUCAGAUCUGGUCAAACAUCAGUCGGCAGUUCAUAAAGGAAAGAGUCUGUCCUGCUCACAAUGUGGCAAACAAUUUCUGUGUAAAUCAAAUCUUGACAGACAUUUCAUGAUUCAUACAGGAAACAAACCAUUCACAUGUUCAGAGUGCGGGAAAUGUUUUACUGACAAGUGGAAGCUUCUUAGACAUCAGUGGGUCCAUACGGGAAAUAAACCCUAUUCAUGUUCAGAUUGUGGGAAAUGUUUUACAGAUAAGUCAAGUCUUGCAGCUCACCACAGGAUUCACACAGGAGAGAAACCAUUUGCAUGUUCUGAUUGUGGGAAAUCUUUUUCCAGUAAGUCACAUCUUGUCACACAUUGGAGGAUUCACACAAAUGAAAAACCGUACUCGUGUCUUGUAUGCGGGAAAUACUUUACUCAAAAAUCUAAUCUUUUUACACAUCAAAAGAUUCACACAAAUGAAAAACCGUACUCAUGUUCUGUAUGUGGGAAAUAUUUCACUCAAAAAACAAAUCUUUUCUCACAUCAAAGGAUUCACACUCGGGAGAAGCCAUUCCCGUGCCCUCUAUGUGGGAAAUGUUUUGCCAGAAAAUCAACUCAAAUUAAACAUCAGAGAACCCACCGAAAAGACAAACUUGUCUAAUGCUCAUGGAAAUAACAUGUUUAAUGUGUCAUAAAUUAUUAGUCACCAGGUCAUUAUAUUCAGAGAACCACUGCUGUGUGUUAAGGUACACCAGGACUUCAUUUCUGGUACAGAAGAUGUUUGUGGAAAAUAAACUACGUGUUUUUUUUUUUUUUUGUCUAUUUAUCUAAUUAUACACACUUUUAUGACUAAAAACCAAAGUAUUGUUUGACUAAUAAAAUGUUUAGAUUGGAACAUGUUUGUUUGAUCCAAUUAAUGAAGUGUGUUUGUUUUUAUAUAUAUAUAUCUUCCAAAUAGGUAGCUGCACUCACGGAUUUUAAAAGUCCAAAAUUUAUUGAUAAAUGUUU